UGUCUCUGAGACACACACACACUCGUACUUUAACUCCGAGUAGCGAGCGGCCCAGAGACUACUAGUACCACCCGUCGCACGGAUUCCCGUCGCGUGCUCGACGCGCUCACCCACGCUGCUCGCCCACUCUGCCACGGCGGCCUGUGCUGCACGCGGCUUCCCCUGCCUCCGCGGCUCUCCGCUACCCUCCGCCGCUGCCUUGUUUACCGUGCCCCAGUGCCUCGACCUUCCCCCUUUCCUCCCCCCCACCCCUCCUCCCCCUCCUCCCCCUCCGCCUAUCACUUUCCGGUGUUCCUCGCGCCAUGGAUUCCGCACCAUCUCUCUCUCCGCCGCUGCUGCUCCCCGCGCUUUCCCCCGCGAGCCUCCUCGUCGCGCUGCUCGCGCUGCUGCUCACCGCGCUGCUCUCCGUCGCCGUUAACUUCUUCUGGGUCGUGCCGCGCCGAGCCAUGGCGGACCUCGCGGCGCAAGGCGUGCCCGGGCCGCCUUUCCGGCUGUUCUACGGCGUCCUCGCCGACAUGAUCCAGUUCCGCAAGCGGCGCCAGUCGGACCCUGCUUUCGCGGCCAGCAGCACUGCCACGCACGUGCUGGACGAAAUGGUCAGGAGCUACGGCCCGGUGGUGCGCUACUGCUUUGGCCCCAUGUCGCGAGUGCUCAUUGCAGACCCCUCGCUGGUGCGCGCCAUCUACAUCGCGCACAACGACGCCUUCCCCAAGACAACGCUCAUCCGAGCCGCCUUCCCCCUGCUCGGCAAUGGGCUCGUCACUGCGUCGGGACCGCUGUGGGCCGCACAGAGGCGGAGGAUCAACCCUGCGUUCAAGCACAGCGAGCUUAAGCGCAUGUUCCCUACCAUGCUCGAAUGCACCCGAGCUGCCCUGGCGCUCUGGGAGAAGCAGGUUCGGGCCGAGCCUGGCAAGGAGGUUCGGAUUGACAACAUGCUUGAGACUCUGACUCUGGAAGUCAUUGGGCGGGCUGCCUUCGGUGCCAAGCUCGGUGGCGUGGGGGGCAAGGGGGAGGGAGAGGGAGACGAGGGAGGAGACGGAGGGAGGGGAGGGGAGGGAGGAGGGCAGGGUGGAAAGAGUGAGGCAGAGCAGCUGGUGGUGGCGUUUCGGGCGUACUUUGAGGCGGCAGGGGCGACUGUGCGCAGCCCGUUUGCAAUGAUUCCUGGAUACCUCUCGCUCCCCCUGGCGCUGCACCGGGAGCGAGACAGGCAGGAGCGGCUGAUCCGCAGCAUCAUGAGGCGCAUGAUCGCCGCCCGGCGGCACCGCAGAGAGCAGCAAGCCACCGCUGCCGCUGCUGCUGCUGCUGUUGCUGAUACUGCCGAUGCUGCUGCUGGAGCCGAUGCGUUUGCUACGGAGAAUGCUGAUGAUACUGGUGCAAAGGGGAGGGCUGCGGACGACGAGGGAGCUACCGACUUGUUGGAGCUGAUGCUGAACGCCACAGAUGAAGAGAGUGACGCAGCAGCAGGAGGUGGAGGAGGAGCAGGAGUAGUGAAGUCAGCCCCGCACCCCCCUGCCAUGUCGGACCAGCAGCUGAUGGACGAGUGCCUCACCUUCCUCCUAGCUGGCCACGAAACCACCUCCAACCUCCUCACCUGGACCGUGCUGCUCCUAUCACAGCACGCCACGUGGCAGCAGCGCGCGCGAGAGGAGGCAAGGCAGGUGCUGGGAGCCGAUGGGGCGGGGCUGACGAUGGAGAAGGCGGCAGAGCUAAAGACCAUCACCAUGAUUCUCAAUGAGUCGCUCCGGCUCUAUCCGCCCGCUCCUGUCGUUGCGCGCCUCUGCGCCACCCGCGCCAAGCUAAGCGAAACGCUUAGCAUUCCCGCCGGGUGUGGCGUGACGGUGCCUAUCGGAGCGAUGCACAGGAGGAAGGAGCUGUGGGGGGAAGAUGCGAACGAGUUCAAACCGGAACGAUUCGAGAACGGGAUUAACAAGGCGGCAACGCACCCGCUCGCAUUCAUCCCCUUUAGUGUCGGCCCCCGUACGUGCAUUGGGCAGAACUUUGCAGUGCUGGAGGCAAAGGCGAUUCUGUCGCUGCUGCUGCUGAAGUUCUCGUGGCGCGUGGCUCCAUCGUACCGGCACUACCCGGAGCAGCUGCUGACACUGAAAACCAAGUACGGCAUGCCAGCGGUGCUCACACUGGUGGAUGGUGCUGGUGCUGGUGGUGAGAGCUCGUAGUGGAUGCUGUGCAGUGCAAGUUUGCUGAACCGUCUCACAGCUGCCGCUGAGGUUAUCAUCUCAUGGCAUGUGGUUUCGUCGUACCGGCGCUACCUUGAGCCACCUGCUCACCUUGAAACGAAACAUGGCAAGCCAGUGAUCCUCCCACUGGGGUAUUGUAGGAGCUCGUCGUAUCGUGUCCUGCUGAGUGUGCAACUCAUAUUUGGAGGAGACGUCUUGUAGAGGAAGCAAGCAGACUGCAAGUGUAACUUGUUUGACGUGGUGUAUGCAGUUUUGUGAGACUUGCGUGAAUAGUAGAACGAGAUGUUAAGAUUAUAUAAGUUAUAUAUAACUGAUAGGCUUGGUAGUUGUUACUGA